AUGAACUUCCUGUGUGUCUGUGCAGUUCCUCCGGAGCUGAAGGUCCCUAGGGGGCGCUCUCACCUCAUCGCUCAGGAGGGCGACACCGUGGACCUGCAGUGUCUGGUGUCGGGGAAACCCAAACCCAUCAUCCUGUGGUCUCGGGUGGAGGAGAGCGCGGCGGCGGCGGCGGCGGCACCGGCUCUGAUGCCGGACGGCUCGAUGCAGACGGAGAGUUACGACGGCGUUCUGAGAAUCAGCAACGUUACGAGAGAGAUGAGCGGGAACUACCGAUGCCAGACGAGCCAGUACAACGGAUUCAAUGUGAAACCCAGAGAGGCUCUGAUCCAGCUGGUGGUGCAGUUCCCUCCCACGGUGGAGCCGGCGUACACAGAGAUCCGUCAGGCUCUGGGCCGAGCGUUCAGCCUCACCUGCCGCCUGCUGAGAGCUCACCCGGCUCGUCUCCUGAGGUACGAGUGGAAGCUGGGCUCCCGUCUCCUCACCGUGGGACAGUUCAGCGACCAGCGAGACGACACCAACUACCACGUCAGAGCGCUGAACCGAGAGGGCUACGGAGAAUACACCUGUGACAUCACCAACGAGGCGGGGGCGGGACGCUGCACCUUCCUGGUCACAGGAAAGGCCUACGCUCCUGAGUUUUACUACGACACUUACAGCGCUUUGUGGCAGAACCGGCCGCGUGUUUACGGCUUCAGGCUGCAGUGGACACAGAUGGAGCCCAGCGCUGUGGACCGGAUCCUGGCCUACAGGCUCGGCAUCAGGCAGAUGAGCCAGUCUCGCUGGUGGGAGCAGGAGAUUCCCAUGGAGGGAAGCAUCCAGAAGGGGGAGCUGUUGACCUACAACCUGACGGAGCUCGUCAAGCCGGAGUCGUACCUGGUUCGCCUGACGCCCAUCACCCGCUACGGAGAGGGAGACGCCACCGAACGCAUCAUCACGUACAGCGCUCCUGUUAACCCACAUCUCAGGGAGUUCCAGUGCGGCUUCGAGGACGAAGCGUUGUGUUUGUUCUCUCAGGACAAAACCGACGAGUUCGAUUGGACGAGACACAGCGCCGCAACACGAGACACGAAAUACACACCGAACACCGGACCGAGCUCUGACCACAGCGGCUCCAAGCAGGGUUUCUACAUGUACAUCGAGACCUCGCGGCCGCGGCUGGAAGGAGACAAAGCUCGGCUGCUGUCUCCAACCUUCAACAUGGGCUCCAAGAGCUCCUCCUCCUCCUCCUCCUCCUCCUCCUCCUCCCCCACCUACUGCUUCGCCUUCUACUACCACAUGUACGGGAAACACAUAGGAGCUCUGAACGUGUUGCUGCGCCAGAAAGCCCAAGCGGUGACGGACACGUCGGUCUGGAGUCUGACCGGUAACCAAGGAGACCGCUGGCGGCAAGCCAAAGUCAACAUCCACCCAAACACCGCCUUCCAGGUACAGACCACACCCACUUUACUACAGGUGACACACCCACUUUACUACAGGUGA